AUGGCGGUUGACGUCGCGCAUUUUGCGGAAGGCUGGAUGGAGCUCGAGAGUGAUCCAGGAGUGUUCACGCUUCUCCUCGAGGAUUUCGGAGCAGAAGGGGUUCAAGUGGAGGAGAUAUACGAUCUGGACCGUCCAAUAGAUUCCCCUACAGUUUACGGUUACAUUUUCCUCUUCAAGUGGAUGGAGGAACGUCGUGCGAGGCGUAAAUUCGACUCGGAUGGUGAAUCGAAGCUCGUCACCGAUGAAAACAUAGUGAACAACAUGUUUUUCGCGCAUCAAAUAGUUCCCAACUCGUGUGCAACGCAUUCCCUACUCAGCAUCCUGUUGAAUUGUCGCCGAGUGUAUCUGGGACCAGCUCUGAGUCGACUAAAAUGUGUCACGUUAGGAAUGUCACCAGAGAACAAAGGCUACGCCAUAGGGAACUCCGCCGAGCUCGCCCGGGCUCACAACUGUCACGCGAAACCUGUCCACGGACCGAUUUCGGCUUCCACUCAGAACGCCGGCACGAACAUCGGCGGGCGUGCUUCGACGCUCGAAGCGUUCCACUUCGUCUCCUUCGUACCCAUCAAGGGGAGACUGUACGAACUGGACGGUCUCAAGAAAUAUCCAAUCGAUCACGGACCGUACGAAGAGGACUGGACCAAAAAGUUCCACCAAGUCAUCACCGAUCGCAUUGGGGCUUGCAAAGCCGAAUUCCGUUUCAACUUGAUGGCCUUGGUGCCGGACAAGCGUAUGGCCCUCUCUCAACGCUUGGACGAACUCCUGAGCGAUAGAAAAAACGUGGCCGGCGUCAUAAGUUCGGUGACGAACUUCAAACUGAAGUCCCGCGCCAACCACAUCGACAACCACAACUAUGCGAAAGACGCGGAUCUCGAACUGCUCGCUGAAUUCAUCACGGAAGGCCAACAGAUACAACCGAAGUACGAACUCUGUUCCGGGAGCGAAUAUUCGGACGAGGACGACAAGAAAGACAUGGAGUUCGCCGACACCGUUCUGUCUCCGAGAUCGCUUCGCUGCGAGCGACGGAGCGCCAGUCGUUCCAACCCGAGCAAUUGUAGGAAGCGGCGUUCGGACUUCGAAGUCGGUGAUCUGAAAGAACGAACGCAGAAAGUUCUGAACCUCACACCGGAAACCUACGACGAUGUUCCGGCCAUUGAUCUCCUGGCAGUGCUCAGAGACAUCGACCGCGACAUAAAUUCCGUCGAGACAAUGAUCACGGACGAGGAAGAUCGGAGAGCCAAGUACAUGAUCGACGAUAAUCGACGGACCCACGAUUACGACGCUUUCAUUUGUACAUUCUUGACAAUGCUGGCCGAACAGGGUCAACUCACGGGACUCCUCGAAGAGCAGCUGAAACGAAAAGGCGUAUUCCUGAAGAGCAUGUCGCGGGAGGAAACGAAUUCGCGGUCGAAGAAACGCGUGACCAGCAGUAGCGGCAGUAGCACUUCAGCCAAUUGCAGCAAUAACGGCGGCAAAACUCAAACGUCAAACUGUCACAGCGGCAGCAGUAGCAGUGGUAGCAGCAGCAAUAAUUUCGUCCCGCAGAAUCAGAAAAAACAGCCGAAGUCUGCGCAGAAAUGAAUCUGUGCUCGCAUUAGGUGAUUGAUGAACCCGUCCCUUGAGCUGCUCGUCAGACGCCUCUCAGUCAGUCAGUCAUUGUCCCAAAGCGCCUCUCUCGACCGACUACACGGAGUUUGCGCUGUUAUCGCU